AUCCCCUCAUUCAUAUCAUCCACACCCCAUCUCCUCCUCCACCAUUAUUCACGCAUUUUAAGACUCCUCAUUGCGACAUUUUCACAAACACCUUCAUACCAAUUCUUCAAUGGAGUCCUCUGCAACUCUUUCUCUCAAAUUGUCUUCUCCUUCCUCUUCUCUUUUCUCCCCCUCGCAAAACCCUUCUCCGAAACUCAAUCCUUUUCCAUGUAAAACCAUCAAAUACCCUUCAUUUUCGUUUAAAUCAAUCAAGUGUAGCAGUCUGGGUUCUAGUAAUUCUAAAAAUAAUGAUUCUAAACCAAAUUUCGCUCUCUCUGCUGUCACUUCUUCAUCAUCAUCCACCACAGAGCAUGUGGCUGUGAAGCUUCAGAAUUUGAUCUCUGAAUUCCAAUCUUUUUCUGAACCAGCUGAUCGUUUGAAGCGUGUGCUUGACUAUGCCUCUACUAUCCCUGCUUUCCCAGACUCGUCUCGGGUCGAUUCUAACCGGGUUAUGGGUUGCACUUCUCGUGUUUGGCUUGAUGCCCAGUUGGAUAACAAUGGGAAGAUGAGAUUUUUAGCUGAUAGUGACUCUGAUGUUACUAGAGGGUUCUGUGCUUGUUUGAUAUCUUUGCUUAACGGAGCUGCUCCUGAGGAAGUUCUGAGUGUUUCUACGGAGGAUUUGUCAGCCUUGAAUGUUGGGUUGCCUGGUGGAGAGAGGUCUAGAGUGAAUACGUGGCAUAAUGUGUUGGUCAGCAUGCAAAAGAGAACCAAGAAAUUGGUUGCUCAAAGAGAAGGGAGAAAGGAUUUUGAUGAUUCGUUCCCUUCUUUGAUUAUUAAUUCUGAGGGUAUUCAGGCUAAAGGAACUUAUGCUGAAGCUCAGGCGAAAUUCCUGAUGCCGGAUGAGUCCAGGAUACAAGAACUUGUUAACGCGUUAAAGGAAAAGAAUAUCGGUGUUGUUGCUCAUUUUUACAUGGACCCUGAAGUUCAGGGUGUUUUAACUGCUGCUCAAAAGCAGUGGCCUCAUAUUCAGAUUUCUGAUUCAUUGGUUAUGGCUGAUAAGGCUGUGAAGAUGGCUCAAUCUGGAUGCAAAUACAUUGCAGUCUUGGGUGUUGAUUUUAUGUCUGAAAAUGUGAGGGCAAUUCUUGAUCAGGCUGGCUAUGAAGAGGUUACUGUUUAUAGGAUGUCAGAUGAACGGAUCGGUUGUUCUUUGGCAGAUGCUGCAUCUAGCACUGAUUACAUGAAUUAUCUUGAAGCAGCUUCUGAAACGCCAAACUCUUUGCAUGUUGUCUAUAUUAAUACUUCACUUGAGACCAAAGCUUUUGCUCAUGAGAUUGUGCCUACAGUCACUUGUACUUCUUCUAAUGUUGUGCAGACUAUCUUGCAGGGAUUUUCUCAAGUUCCAGAUUUAAAUGUGUGGUACGGGCCUGAUUCUUACAUGGGUGCCAAUAUUGCCAAAUUGUUUCAACAAAUGACAUUGAUGACUGAUGAUGAAAUUGCUGAGGUGCAUCCAGAUCAUAAUAGAGAAUCCAUCAAAUCGCUGCUACCUCGCUUGCAUUAUUAUCAGGACGGAAUGUGUACAGUUCAUCAUCUUUUUGGACAUGAAGUUGUGGAGAAGAUAAAUGAGAUGCAUUGUGAUGCUUUCCUAACUGCUCAUCUUGAGGUCCCCGGAGAAAUGUUUUCCUUGGCCAUGGAUGCAAAGAAGAGAGGAAUGGGUGUUGUUGGUUCCACUUCGAACAUAUUAGAUUUUAUAAAAGAGAGAGUUCAAGAAGCUCUGGACAGAAAUGUCGAUGAUCAUCUCCAGUUCGUCUUAGGAACAGAAUCAGGAAUGAUCACUGCAAUUGUCGCAGCAGUUCGGGACUUAUUCAGUUCUGCAAAGGCUUCUGGGGGACCAAAAGUUAAUGUUGAAAUUGUCUUCCCAGUGUCAUCAGAAGCCAUGACAAGUAAUCCUUCUCCAACAAAAGCAGGAGAGUUCGUGUUGCCUGUCGUACCUGGAGUUGCAAGUGGGGAGGGAUGUUCCAUUCAUGGAGGAUGUGCUUCAUGUCCAUACAUGAAGAUGAAUUCUCUUCAGGCUCUUCUAAAAGUUUGCCAUAACCUACCUGAUGAGAAAAACACCCUUGCUGCCUACAAAGCUGAUAGAUAUAAGCAGCCAACUCGAAGUGGAAAAUCAAUUGCAGAAGUUGGAUGCGAACCGAUUCUGCAUAUGAGACAUUUCCAGACUACAAAAGAACUGCCAGAGAAGCUUGUCAAUCAAGUUCAAACGGGAAGCUUACAUGGCAAGGCCUGAAUGAAAAAGCCGCCUCGUAGAAGUUGAAGUGAAGCUAAUGUAUGGCUGGCUAGAGCAGACAUGAAAAUGGUUCUUAGUUUUCUCCUUGGAAUGAAGAUUUUUCAUGUCAGCAUUCUCUUGCAUUAUAGAAGUGAGGUUUUACCUAUAUGUACUUGGUAUUUAGUAUAGUUUGGUAUUACUAUUUUUGUACCCUUUUUCUAUGAUAAUAAAACAGGCACAAGAAUCCAAAUUUCUGACAGAUUCUUGUGCUGCUGUAAGUGCAUCAUAAUGGUUCUUCAUGGUUUCCUCUUUGAGCUCUUCAUCAAAUAUAUAAUGAAAAUAAAAUGGUGUUUGUUCACGAA